UUUAAUAUGAACUGCACCGUUCAGGUAUGUUUUAGCAAAUCAUUUCAGUGUUUAUUAUUCUGUUUCCGAACAUCUUUGAACACUUUCUCUUCUUUAAAUUUUACCUUGUUACCAAUCGCUACUCUGCUCAUGCAGCGACUUGUGUUUACACCGGAAGUCGUAGGCAUGACUACUUCCCUGGCAACCAGCGAGUCCCUAGCAACCACCGGAACAAAUAAGCUGAAUAAUGGCAAAGAUCAUCGGUGCCAAAAAAUCACUGUGGCAGCAAGUGUGUGAAGAGUUUGAAGCUGAGCAGCCCAGUCCUCCCAGUGCUAUGUGGACAGAUAACAGCUCAGUGAGCACCCAGUUCUCCCAGUACAGCGCCAGCACACACUCCCCGGUCUUCUAUGGACUCACUACAGCCAAGGUGUUUGUGGAUGAUGAUCCCCUGAAAGACUUUGACCCUCUUCUUUGCCACCCCGCUCUCGCCGGCUACUCUGUGCUGGGAAAAGCUCGUCCUUCAAGCCAGAAGCGCCUGACAACAGUGGAAACUACCUCGCCUCCGCAAGUCCCUGAGCGUCCUGUCACACGUUAUUUGGAGAGGACGGUGUUUCCAGCGCUGUUGCCUGGACUGGAGGCUUUGCUGAGAGAAGCACGGAAACAUGGCUGUUUCGAGAGAAAAAUAACAGCAUUUAACCCAUGUGACUUUCUAACUGAGUGGCUUUACAACCACAACCCCUGCAGGCAAGGACAAGUGCCAGUGAACUUCCAGGAAAUCCCUUUUGUAAAAGACUGGCUCAGCGUGCAUCCCAGGCCUCCCCUCCCUCUGUUUCUGCUGCUGAGCGAGGAUCAGGCUGCUCUUAUCAUCCAGGCUUUCUGGAGGGGAUAUAAGACCAGGGCACGGCCAGAUGUGCAGGAGCUGCGCCAAUGGCAGAAAGAACUGAGAGAGAACCGUGACAUUGCCAAAACUAUCGAGCACUUCUGGGCCCAACAAGAGAGCCGAGUGGGCUCCGCCAUGUCAGAUCUUCCAGAAAGCCCCCAGCCCGGCAACUCCGACGUGUCCAUCCAGGUUGUUUCCCCCACCCCCCAGAGCACCGUGGUCCACACCCCCACCCCCGAGAUGACCCCUGAGGGCACAAUACAUAUCACUCACAAAAGAGGUUAUAGCAUUUCCAUUCAAGACAGGAACUGAGGCCAGAGUGAAAGGUGACUCAGCGUGCAGAGCAACACUUUCUAUCCUGUUUAUCAGAAAAGAAAAUGAUCCUGUCAGGGAGAAUGAAAAAGAGUAUAAUUCCAAUAUUAUCCUUAGAUUUUACUGUUUUACAAGGGAUGUUAACCCUGUUAUAUAUAUUCUGCAUUAUGUGGACUGAAUGUUACCUGCAGUAAGGAAAGUUUGACAUUAUACGCUAAUAUUUUAAACAUUAGCAUGUGUAUUUUAUGGAAAAGCUGCUUAAUGUCAAAGAGGGGAAAAAUAAACAUUUAGUCUGCAAACUUGUUUGUUAGGAUAGAAAGGUUGUGUGAUGGUUUGAAGCUUGGUCUCAUCAAGACAUAAAACACCAACAUCACAAUAAAUUCUCACUAUCAAAAAAAAAUGUUUUCUGUAUGAUGGCAUCCUUGCCUAAUAUUUUCAUCUUUGAAUGUACUUUGUACAUAUUGUAUAUUAUUGUUGAGGAUUCCCACAUGACAGCAAAUGUAGAAUAUUUUCCUUAUAUGGUUUCAGUUUGCUUUAUGUACCUAAAGCUCAGACAUUUUGCAUUUUGACCCUGCUGAAUCCAGCACCUUCAGCUGUCUUUUUUUUGCACCUGGUAGUGAUUAAACAUCAACUUAAAUGUCAUAUCACCCAUAGAAAGUUCAGCUGCUUAACUGACUCUGCAGUUCUUUACUCUCCUUCAUGCAAACUUAUAAGACAGGUUGUAACUGUCUUCUCCAGACUGUGUGUCAAUUAAACUGAGAGAACAAAGUGCACUCCUGCCGUUUUUCCAUCGCUCCUUGAACCCUGCGUACCUGAGAGUAUACUUCUGGUUUCCCCCCACCACUGUCUCUGCAGAGCAGCGAGGCGGCGGUCUCGUGAUGGACGGCUUUCCUGACCAUCCCAGUCACUGAUGCACACCGCCUCACAGUGAGGCAUGAAGAGGGUCAUGUAUCUCCCUUUGCAGGUAUGUGGAUGCCUGGGAGACAGCUGCCAUUGGGUGAGGUGAUAAAACAGCCCAUUUCAUUCUGGAGACAUCUGAUAGUGCAGCCAGCUCCACAGAGUCUGGCAGCGCUGGGCCUGACUGAAACUGGAUCACUCAGCAGACGGAGGGAGUGGGCACCAGGCUGUCAGAGCGAAGCCAGAAAACAACUGGUUCUGGGCUGUGAUUCUACGCU